AUGAGAAUAAAGCUAAAAACUGGAGGGAGCCAAGCUAUUGUAUCUUUGGCUGAUGAUGCCACUUUGAAAGAUCUGUUUUCUGAGAUAUCUGGUAUUCCACAAGUAAUCAAGUUUGGGUAUCCUCCCCGGACUCUGGACACUUCUGAUGUGUCUGCAAAACUUUCAGUUUUGGGAAUCAAGAAUGGUGAGAUGCUAAUUGUGAGUUUGGACACAGAGACAAAGGAUGUAGAGCCCGUGGCGGCACCGGUGAAGCCGAGUGCGAAACCUGUGGAUGCUUCAGAUGACACACCAUAUAUCACCCUAGGCCCCUCUUUGUUCGUGUUGCUCCGGAAGAUUCCCGAUGACAAUUCGUGCCUUUUCAAUUCAAUCGUAUAUCUUGUGUUUGGGGCAUCAUCUGUGGAUGAUCCUUUCAAUGCUGCAAAUCUGAGAUCGGUGGUUGCGUCUACGGUGAUAGAGAACUCACUGGGACUAUAUGAUAAGGCUACACUGGACGGGAAGUCUACUCAUGAGUACGGAAGUUGGAUCAAGCAGCCGACUUCGUGGGGUGGUGCCAUUGAACUUCAAAUACUGGGCGACUAUCUUGGGGUUUCUAUUCUCACUGUUGAUGUGGAGACCGGUAAUCAGUAUUGGUUCAACGAGUCUGCGUCCAACUUCAUUGCGGUUCUCUAUUCCGGUAUCCACUACGAUGCAAUCACGUUUCAAACUCAGGGAGAAGAAGUCCACACUUUUGUGAAGAAUUCUGAUGCUGGCAAUCAGAUGAUUGAGGGGGUUUCCAAACUGAGUUCCAGUCUGAAGCAACAGGGCUACUUUACCAAUACGUCCAGCUUCAAGAUCCAGUGCGUGGUAUGCGGAGAGAAAUUAAAAGGUGAUAAAGAUGUGUCUAAACAUGCAAAACUGACCGGACAUUACGAAUUUGACGAAACUAAAUAG